GGCACAGUUCUCCCUCACCAUCCCAACCCACUUGGAAGGCAGAAAUCGGGGGACCCAUGGCCAGGCGGGGAGACAGAACUUUGAGGGGAGCAAAAUAUCUGCUCCAAGCUUCACAGCCCAGGGGACUCUGGGGGAAUGAGGCCACCUCCUCCGACUCCCGGAUGCAGAUUUCCACUUGCAGUCCUGGGAGACACGAGUUCCAAUCCCAAAUCCACAAAGCCAAAGUAAGUGACCUGCACAGGUGACUGAGCCUCAUCUGUCCCUGUCAAGGGAUAAGUGACCUGAAGCAGAGUACCUGGCACAUUGCAAGGACGCAGUUUUACGGAAGGUGUUAUUACUGCCGUUGUUGGUUUUCUUCCGUUGUCAGCGAUGCUCCGCGACUCUCCGGACUGAACUCCCUCCCUCGCGGGAUCCCUUUCCUCUAAAUGACCCCACCUCCCCUGGUCCCUGACUGGGGAGGAUGUCCUGGCUCUUCGGCCCAGUCUCCAGACACCACCCCCACCCAAUCGAGUCAGGAAUAGAAAUCACCGCCUCCGGCAGCCCGCGGUCUCCCUCCCUCUCUCCCCCGGCAGCGAUCGAUGUGGCCUCCGCUGCGGGGGACAGAGGAAGACAGGGAAGGACGGGGCGGCGGGGCCUCCGGCAGCAGCGACGCUCCGCGGGGCAGCAGGAGCAGAGACGAUCUCGGCCGCCCAGCGGACCCCCCGGCCUCAGCUGCUUCGCUUUCCGAACAGACGCGCCCGGCCGGUGCGGCCGGGAGGGGCCUCGCAGAUAGAAGAGCUAAAACUCAGAGUGGGAGGAGUCUGGCCUGAGGACACAGAAGUGACAGAGCUGAGGACACUGACCAGCUUAACUCCAAGCCUAGGGCCAUGGUGAGCGAGUCCCCGGGGCCCGGCGCCCGCGUGCCCUGGCGGCGGAGCGACGAGGCGCUGCGCGUGAACGUGGGCGGCUUGCGGCGGCGGCUGAGCGCACGGGCACUGGCGCGCUUCCCGGGCACGCGGCUGGGCCGCCUGCAGGCGGCGGCAUCCGAGGAGCAGGCGCGGCGCCUGUGCGACGACUACGACGCGGCGGCACGCGAGUUCUACUUCGACCGGCACCCGGGCUUCUUCCUGGGCCUGCUGCACUUCUACCGCACCGGCCGCCUGCACGUGCUCGACGAGCUGUGCGUCUUCGCCUUCGGUCAGGAGGCCGACUACUGGGGCCUGGGCGAGAGCGCGCUGGCCGCCUGCUGUCGCGCGCGCUACCUGGAGCGGCGCGUGGCGCGGCCGCGCGACUGGGACGAGGACAGCGACACGCCGAGCAGCGUGGACCCGUGCCCCGACGAGAUCUCCGACGUGCAGCGCGAGCUGGCGCGCUAUGGGGCCGCGCGCUGCGGCCGCCUGCGCCGCCGCCUGUGGCUCACCAUGGAGAACCCCGGCUACUCCCUGCCCAGCAAGCUCUUCAGCUGCGUCUCCAUCGGCGUGGUGCUGGCCUCCAUCGCCGCCAUGUGCAUCCACAGCCUGCCCGAGUACCAGGCCCGCGAGGCGGCGGCCGCCGUGGCCGCGGUGGCCGCGGGUCAGGGCCCGGACGGCGUGCGCGACGACCCGGUGCUGCGGCACCUCGAGUACUUCUGCAUCGCCUGGUUCAGCUUCGAGGUGUCGUCGCGGCUGCUGCUGGCGCCCAGCACGCGCAACUUCUUCUGCCACCCGCUCAACCUCAUUGACAUCGUGUCGGUGCUGCCCUUCUAUCUCACGCUGCUGGCCGGCGUGGCACUCGGCAACCAGCGCGGCGCGAGCGGCGAGGACCUCGGUGACCUGGGCAAGGUGGUGCAGGUGUUCCGCCUCAUGCGCAUCUUCCGCGUGCUCAAGCUGGCGCGCCACUCCACCGGGUUGCGCUCGCUGGGCGCCACGCUCAAGCACAGCUACCGCGAGGUGGGCAUCUUACUGCUGUAUCUGGCCGUGGGGGUGUCCGUGUUCUCCGGUGUGGCCUACACAGCUGAGAAGGAGGAGGACGUGGGCUUUGACACCAUCCCCGCCUGCUGGUGGUGGGGCACGAAGGCUCUGGAGGCCGCCGUGCGCAACAGCGACCCCCGGGAGUUUGAGGACUUGCAGAGCAGUGUCGACGGGGUGUCCGAGGUGUCUCUGGAGACGUCCCGUGAGACCUCCCAGGAGGGAAGGUCUACAGACCUGGAGGCCCAGGCCCCCCGUGGGCCAACAGACUCUCAGGUUUGCUAGAGCCAAGGCUUAGUGUCCCCCGUCCCACGCCCUACAGUCAGCUGAACCAGCAGCGAUCCCUCCCUGCUUAUGGCAUCGUGGCGGCCUGAUGGCUCAGGGCUGCUCACCCACCGUGAGGAGUGACUCCCAGAAGCCAGCUCCGUUCCUCCCAAAGGCCCGGGCCAGGAUCGUGUUGCCCUGGGUUCUUGAGCCUGGAGAACAGCCCAGAGAGCCCCAUGCCUGGACCUCGCAGCACCCCGUGAAGCAGGCAUGCGCCAAAGAGAAAGCUGGAAGGCUGCUGGCGGUUCCUGAGCACCUACCGCCCGUCGGCCCUAGCCUACUUGGCCCCGUGUCGGAGAAUGACGACACUGACGCCCAGCCAGGUGUCAGGGCUUACCCAAGUGUCCCCGAACUAGUGGUGGUGGAGCCAAGUUUGGACUCCAGGCUCACUGCUCUGCCAAGACCAACGUUCCUCGCACGCCGUCUUUCCUCUGCCCUCACGGAGUUCGCAUGUCCUUCUCCGGGGUCCACGGAUCUCCAGAGUUGAUUCGCCGGGCUGAAACCCUCUGUCCGGGCUAAGGGAAGGACCAGACCGGGGAUUCCGGUGGAGGAGUGCUGCCCCUCAGCUGUGGUUCUCUUCCAGGAGCUUCCAAGGAGAGUCAGCUCUCAAAGAUGAGCGCUGGAAGGGGGCGGAGCGGCCUCCUUAGCUGGCGGGUAAGCUUUGUCCCGCAGUGUCCUGCAGCUUCCUCCAGGGCGGGCUUGAGGUGCAGACUCUGAGGGCGUCCUGGCCUGUCCCAUCCUAGGACGUGAUGUGUGAAGAGGACACCCCCCCCCGCCCCACCCUCAGACCUUGGCCCAUCUGUCCGGUGGUCACAGUCCGUGCCCCAGAGGAAAGUGAAAGGCAGUGGGCGGGGGUCACUGGCGUAAAGCCAGCUCAGCUCUGAAGUGUUGGCGGCAAGGGGCCGCAAUGCAGGGACGCCUGUGACCCCCGGGCACCCCCAGACUGACUUUGGCAUCUCUCUUCUUCCCACCGCGCAGGCUCCAGCCCUGCCUUGACUUACCACCCAGGGUAACUCCUGAGACCUCCUCCCCUUUUAGCCAGCUCCAGCCCCCUCAUCCCUGCCGGGGGCAUCGUACGCUCACCUGCUGAAUCCCGCUACUUGCUGAGAAAUUUGGGAGGGAAGGCUUCCCCAGCCCCGUUCACAUCCUGUUCCUAAAACACCCAUUUGCGUCCCGUCGUCACCUGGCCGCGCGCGUCUGUGCCGCCGGGCAGAGCUUCAACAUGGAAGACAGUAUCUGGUUGAACCCAGGCUCGUGAGGGGAAGGUAUUCCCUGAAACGCUACUCACAGAUCAGCUGGUUCGCAUAGCACACGGCGUGCCGGGCCUGGUGAGGAAGGGGAAAUGACCAGACAGAGGUCUUGCCCUUGAGGAGGUGUAGACAAGACUGAGCAGAAGACUCUUCCGGUUCUUUCGACCCUUCCCUCCUUAUUUUAUUCAUUCAGCAAAUAUCUCUUGGAAGAUUCACAAGCUGGGGCUUCCCCCUGUGGCCUGCAGACGUGUUUUAUUUAGCUGAACAGUGUCUCUCUCUAUAUAUUUUUGUUGUUGUUGUUGUUGUUGUUGUUGUUUUAAGAUUUUAUUUUGAAAUAAUCUCUACACCCAACGUGGGGCUUUGAACUCACAACCCUGAGAUCAAGAGUCACAUGUUCUACUGACAGAGCCAGGCAGGGGCCCCUUAGUAUAUUUUUUUUAAUUCAAAUGCCUUUCGGUGAGGCACAUUCUCUCCAUUUCCCAUAGUGUGCCCCCGAGACACACACACACACACACACACACACACACACACACACCCUACCACCACUUCUCAGAUAGUCUUGACACACCUGCCUCUGAUUCACGGACUGCUCGCUAAGUUCACAAGCUACAGUGGGGAACAAAAUACAGAUCUCUAUAUCCGUGAGGCUUCCAGACGAGGAAGGGAGGUGGAUUUAAAUCCAGUGAUCCCAUGAAUAUGUAAUAGUGAGCUGUACUAGGUGCAGGGAGCCAGAAGCACAUCACGUAGCAGGGACCAUGAACGGGGAUCAGAGAAGACUUUCUCGAGGGCAGGGCACAAAAGUCUCGAAGACUUUCUCGGAGACUUUCUCAAUUUCAGCGGCCAUCACAUGGAUGAACAGUUAAUUACACAAUAGGGGCCCCGGGAAGCAUUUUCAGGCAGAGGGCACGGCAUGUGCAGGCCCCUGUGUGCAGAGGAAUCUGAGUCUCUCCACACUGAGCAGAGGCUGGAGCCGAGGGGCCGCUCGGGACUCCCCGUGUACACACCGGCCCUCCCGCACGCUCCCCGUGUAACGUCCAGGCCCUGCUCCACCCAGGUCGGGGCACUGAGUGGGGAUGGCUACCCCCCAUACCACCCUUGCCAAACAGCUGAACAACAUACCAAGGAGCCAGAUAGCUUCCAGACUUUCUGACCCCACAGACAAGGCUCUGAAGCUAGUGGAGGGCGAGCUCAGGUGAGAUUCACCUGGUCUGCAUCCCUCACCAGGUCAUGGGCUGUCCUGGCAGAAAGGCCACCACUCGCUCCCACUCCCAGGUAUGGAAGAAAACUGUUAUGCAGCUAAAGAGGCCGGGCCCAGGGACCUGUUUCUGGUUGUACCGGAGCUGACUGCCGGGCGGGCUUUCCCGGUGAACGGGGAGGGUAAGGGAUACGUAGAGGGACUCCGAGUCCGCAUUCUCUUGGUCCAGCGGUGGGUUUGGCACAGGUUGGGAGGGAGAGGAAUCCAGCUGGAACUAACCGGGUCAAAAGGAGUAAUUCAUUAGAUGACUGAAGUGACGAGCAACUGCUACCAUGAGGGUCUUUGGUUACAAGCAAGAGAAGGGGACUCUGGGACCCCUGGGGGGCACAGCUCUUGGACAUCCUACUCUUGGUUUCAGCUCAGGUCGUGAUGUCAGAGUCGUGAGAUGGAGCCCUGUGUUGGGCUCUGGGCUCAGUGAAGAGUCUCCUGAGGUUUCUGUCUCCCUGUCCCUCUCCCCCUCCCCCUGCUUGUGCUCUCACUCUGUCUCUCUAAAGUGAAUAAAUAAAU